AUGGAUCCAAUCACAGCCAUUAGUUUAGUAUCCAACGUGAUAUCCUUCAUAGACUUUGGCACCACAGUGAUUCGCGGGGCGAAGAGAGUCCAGGAUGCAGGGGCUCUGGAGGAUAACGACACCCUCGACAGCGUCGCUCGUCAGAUGCAGACCUUCACCGUGAAGCUACUGGCGCCGGCCCAGACCAAUCUGACCGGCACUGACUUGGGCUUGGCCGAGCUGGCUGCCAAGUGUAGGGACGUGGCUGGCGAUCUCUUGGAGUUACAACAGGCCAUAUGGUCUGUGAUCAAGAACAUGAAAUAUGACGAGGAAAAGAAGAGCCUCAAGGCUCUUGCUGCAGUCAAUUAG